AGCCGCCUGUAAUAAACAAAUGGCAUUCACGGUUAGCGCGCACGUAUUAGCGUAGCCCUCGGAGAAGGAGCACAGUUAUAUAACCGCCGCCCUGUUCCCUGCGUCGGAGAGGGGCGGGGCCUCGAUGAUUGAUUAUGUGUGUAUCUCCUGCGGAGACCCUCGCAAGUGAUACGGGAGAUGGGGGCAGCGGGGUAAUGUCGAAAAUCUGCGACCCGUCUCAAGUGGUGAGCUGGGAUAUGUUUAGAGACCGAGAAGUUCAGCGGAGGAACUUUUGCUAUUUUGGUCUCGCUCUCUCCAGUUGUCCCAGGACGGUCUCUGUUCCGCGGUUUGGAUCCAGUUCUGUUAUUUCAGCAUGGGAGACGGUACUGUGCCAGCUAGUUUGCAACGUCUAUAUCGGUACCUUCGUCUCGGCCUUCACGGUGCUGUGCGGGGCGCGGACGGACCUGCCGGACCGCCACGUGUGCUGCGUGUUCUGGCUGAACAUGGCGGCCGCCUUCAUCCAGAUCCUCACCGCCAUCGUCAUGGUGGGCUGGAUCAUGAGCAUAUUCUGGGGGAUGGACAUGGUCAUUCUGGCCAUUUCCGAAGGCUACAGGGAUCAGGGCAUUCCCCAGCAGCUGUGAGGCUCCGCGGCCAAUCUGAACGCGAGAAUGUACAGUCGUAUACUGGUCUCCCGGCAACAGCCCCGCCCCGCCCCGCCCCUGGCAUGGGGCCGGAAGCACAGACACGCCUUCACCAUCACUCCCAGGGGGGGAGGGCUCCUAUUCCAGACUCUGCCCCCCACCCCAGCCCACCACCCAAUCCCCCGGAUGCCUUGUACUUCACGGCUCAGAGUGAGUACGAAGAUCCUUCGGAAAGGAGGGGAUGAAGUUUCUCCACGCGCUGUAAAUAAAGAAAACAAAAAAAAAGCAAAAUCUGUGGGAAAGAAAAAAACCACCGUGACAACCGUGUGUGCCGUGUGUUAUUGACAUUUCCAUCCUGUCAGGGGCAAAUUCAGUGUUAACAGAUUUUUAAUGACAAAUAUUAAAAAGUGUAGUUUUAUUAUAAUUUUUCUUAUCUUGUUUUUUUUUUUUUUUGGCUGUACAGAUGGGUUUUGAAGUUUUCACUAGCUGGAUUUGGUGGUACAGCACGGUGUCUGUUGUCCUUCCCUGAAGGUUUAUUACUCGAUGUCAAGCCUUAUUUUACGUGGAGAUGAACUUGUUUUUAUAUACAUAUUCUGCAUGGUUAUUAAAUUUCCACUUACCCAGCUGAGUCUGUGAUCUGUAAACACUCAACCACACAGAGACAACCACACAGGCCGAUUAUCUUUUAUGACUUUUGCAUCACUAUUUAUUGGUUGUUGUUUUGGCGAAGCAUCAUUAUCAUAAACCUCAAUGUACUGUUUAUCGAAUUUCGCUGGGCCAGUUGCCAUAGAUACUGUCCAUUUCCACAAAGUCAAUGUGUACUCAUGGGAUGAAAUAAACGUAAUUGGUAUGGGAGUGAGUUUUGCUUUAUUGAAGUUACAAUGAAAGCUGAAUACCGUGGGCAGAAAACAAGCUGGGUCAUUUGAAAGGCGGCUGGACUUUUGUUUCUUAGCCGGGAGGGUGAAAAACACGCAGUCAAGAAGAGAAUGGUUGAAAUGUGAAUUGUGAUUUUUUAAAUUAAAAAUUUUUUUUUAUUUUUUUUUACUGGCGUUCAUUUAUCACAGAGCAUUUCUCACUUGUAUUCCCCUCAGUUGGAACCAGGGAAGGCAUCUGCGGAUAUGUAUUUGCGCAUAUCUGCAUACAUAUUUUCAUUUUAAUGGAAUCUCUCAGCUGUUCAUUAAAAAUAUUAUGCUGUAUUCCGUAUCAGUCGGUGAUGGUUGCGCUGGAGAGCUACAGAGAUGAAAGAGCUGGAAAAUAUUCAGAAUGAGAAAACAGGCUGCACCCCAACAGUGGACUUAAAAAAUUAAGCCAUCUGGCUGACAAACAAGGAAAAUUAAAAUAUCCAUUAGAACUUGGUUUGGAGGCUGCUGCACAUGUUUUAGCAGUUGGAUUCAGCCUCAUUACAAAAAACAAAAAGCAAAACAGGAAUAUGUAUUGGACGUUCUUCUGGGGGUGGGGGAGGGGGGGAUAUGCUUUUUUGCUGCAUACGGCACUAGUGUGUGUUUCAGGUCUGAAGCCAGGUCGUGCAGACAAUGGCAGCAGGUGUUGAGCCCGGUACUAUAGAAUGAAAGGUUUCCCCCGAUGCAGAAAGCGAGCUGGGCAUUUCGUCCUCAUAAGCGGAUCUAUUGUUGAGAUGUUUCUGGUGCUUCCAGUCCAGCUGUUCCAGCAUCACUUGAACAAAGACUCCGGGGGGGGGUGGGAGGGGUGCUUGGAGGGACAAUAAGGGUUCUGACUCAGGCCGAUGUGGGGCAGGCGUUAUUAUGGUGUGCGUGCGGGGUGCGGGAGGGCGAAAGGGAAACAAUGACCCACGCUCCCGGCUGUCACCCGCUGUCACGGUGUCACGUUGGCGGUGGGGGGGAGUUUGGGGAGGCACUGUUUGGGGCGUGGCCCUGACCAGAUGACCAGGUAGGGGUUUCAGUGCCGAAUCCCCCGCCUCCGCGUUCGGCCCGGGGGCUGGCGCGGCUCGCGGGAAAACGUAUUCCUCUGCAGAGGAUGCACAGGAAAUGUAUUCUGCUCUUCAGGGGUUCCCCCGUAUCUUCCUCAUUAGCAUCCUCACCUUUAACACCGAACAUGGCCCCAAAAACCCUGCAGUCAUGAUUAUUAUAAUUUUGUUGUCUUGGCUGUAGUAUAGUAUUGUAACACAUUGUAAUAUUGUAAUGUACCUUGCCAUCUAAGGGGCCUCAAGUCAGUAAAAAAGGAUUCAGAGUGUAUGACAAUGUGUAAAACUACUGUCAUUUGGUCUUUGUUAUUGUUAUAGUAUCGCUGCUCUUUAUUUAUUUCUUCUUUUUUUUAUUUUUACAUGGAUUUAUAUCAUGUUUGAAUUUUAUAUCCCAAUUUGGGAGCCCAAAAUGGUGCCUAUGGCCAGAGUUCAAAUGAUAGGAGAACGCAGAUCUUAUAAUAAUUUUAAUCUCUUCUGUAACUGUGUCAUGUUGCAUUGCCUGCUCUCAACAACUGCAGUACUCCUAAUAAAUCAGUCAGACAUGUUGGAUAUCAGUCUGUUCAUGUUAAUCAGUCACACAUCGUAUAGAUAUAUUGUCACGUUAUAUUUGAAAGUGUUUCACCUAAUAAUUUUCUCACUUGAUAACAGCGGUAAAUGAUGAGACAGAAUAAAAUCUAUAAUAUCUGCUAUGAAUCACUCUGGCAACAUUUUGGACUGAAUAUUGUCAGUUUUGUAUUAAAACCUUGUCACCUUACGUUGUUAACUUGUUUUGGUGUCCAAGUUGCUGUAAUGUGGAAUGUACCCAUUUUUUUUUCUUUUUUGAAAUUUCUGAAGUAAACUUGCCUCUUGUCUGUGAAA